CGAGCAGCGUGCACCGCCAGCAACAAUGGCGACUUUCUCUUGUGCUGCUAUGCUCCAAUAGCGACCAAAACCACGUCCCCGCAUCGGCUUCACUGCGACUCACCAUGGACGGCUCUUCCCGAGCUUCGAAAAGGAGGAAGCUCGACACGCCCACCCGCAACGCGUCCAGCCCGCUCGCGAAGCCUUCUACGGUCCGGAAAUCUGCACGAUCAGUUGCGCCAACGACAUACAAAGCGGACGGCUCGCCCAAGGAACAAGAAGCGCCUCCGAAAGCGCCCAAAUCCUCCAAGAAAAAGGCCAAUGGAGCCGCACGCCAGCCGCCAGUGGUCGAGGACGCCGACGUAUGGGACGAUAUAGAGGGCGCACUAGGCGAGAGUCGGACGAAGCGAGCGCCCCCAGCGCCGUCGUCUACGAAGAAACGCGUGACGAGAAAGACGGUCGUGCCAGAUACUGGGAACGAAACCACCAGCACCGACGAGCUGCAGAAGGCAACACCGAGCACGCGCAGAGCAAAGAAGGCCACUAAUGGGAACCGCGAGGAUCUGCCCGAAGAAGUCGCAACGCCCUCCCGACGCGUAUCCAAGCGGGCCGCACCAGCCAAAUCGAACGACACGCCGAACGACCACAUCGAUCCCAAACCAGGCUCGCUCCGGAAACCACGAAGCACUGCGCGAGCACAACGAAAACUACAAUUCGAAGAUGCCAUGCUCGUGGAAACACCUUCUUCCCGGCUCAAACGGCAGCCGCGCUUUCGAGACGACGACAUGAUACCGGAGACGGAUGAUGAGCCUGUAGGGAACGGGGCAACUGCAGCCACACCAGCAAAAGCGAAGCAGAGAAUGCGUCAGGCUGACAAGGACAAUGAUCAGAGCGCGCAUAUACCAGGCACUGCCCAAGAUCAGGUCGAUGCCGACGUUCAGGACGAGGAUGACGACGCGAUGAGUGUCGAUGGCAACAGUGCGUUGGGAAGUGUGCUCGACCCGACAGAGCCGAGUCCUUUCAAUAAGCCUUCUUCCGCCCAGAAAGAAAUCGUCCACCAAGAAAAGCUAGACAUUCCUCUUCUUUCCAGCACCGUAGAACCAGGACGCGAGCUCGAUCUUCUCAAGACCAUCGUGUUGGACCGCAUAACUGGGAAACGGCCCGUGCCCCUGGUCGGGCUCGACGCUGCCUAUAAGUCUGUCCAUCAGCUCAUUGAGCACACGGUCACAGCUGGCGAAGGUAACUCGAUGCUCCUCAUCGGCGCACGCGGCAGUGGAAAGACAGCACUUGUGAACAGGGCGUUGUCGGAAGUUUCCAAGGACAACAGCCAGCUCUACCACGUCAUUCGUCUAAAUGGCUUCAUACACACAGACGACAAGAUUGCUGUGCGUGACAUUUGGCGCCAGCUCGGCAAAGAGAUGAUGCUUGCGGAAGAGAAUGGAGGCGUAGGCAAAAGCUAUGCCGAUGCUCUACAAACCUUGCUUGCUUUGCUGCAACAUCCUUCCGAGAGGAUAGGCGAGUGGACGGAAGAAACUUCCACGUCAGUCAUCUUCGUCAUGGAUGAGUUCGACUUGUUCGCUCAACAUCCGCGACAGACGCUUCUCUACAACCUCUUCGACAUUGCCCAAUCACGCAAAGCGCCAAUCGCCGUGUUGGGCCUCACUACGAACCUAGAGGUGGUUAAUUUCCUAGAAAAACGUGUCAAGAGCCGCUUCAGCCAGCGCUACGUGCAUAUCCCCUUGGCGAAGACCUUUACGGCCUUCCAAGAAAUGUGCAAAGCCAACCUGCUCGUCCAGCCAGACCUUCUCACUGUAGAAGAACGCAGCAUCCUUGAAUCCGCACCCAAGAAGAAGACAAGCAAGCAAGCAAAGACCAGCACACCCGAGAACGCCCUCUCACAAUGGAACUCUUCCAUCAACACCCUCUUUGCCUCAAAAUCCUUCCUAACAACCCACCUCGCCCGCCUCUACUACCGCUCCAAAUCCAUCCCGGCGACCCUAACCUCCUUCCUCCUCCCCACCGCCUCCCUCACGACCGCCCUCCCCCUCCCCUCCCUCGCCCUCAGCCACCCCCCCGACAACAAACUCGCUCUCGUCCGCCACCUCUCCACCCUCGCCCUCUCUCUCCUCAUCGCCGCGUGUCGCCUAGACAUCAUCCACGACAGUGACACGUGCAACUUCCACAUGGCGUACGACGAGUACGUGACGCUGGCAAGCAAGGCGCGGAUCCAGAGUGCCGCGGGGGGCAACAGUGCAAGCGGGGGCGUGAGUAAGGUCUGGGGGAAAGAUGUGGCGAGGCGGGAGUGGGAGGGGCUGCUGGAGUUGGAAUUGAUCCUGCCGGUUGUGGGUGGGCUGACAGGGGGUUUCGGGAUGGUCAAGUGCGAUGUCAGUCUUGAGGAGGUAGGAGGCGUGAUUGUGGGGGUGAAGGAGGUGGACAAGGGGUUGGAGCGGUGGUGUCGGCAGAUUUGAGCUGUUGGAUUGCGCUUCGGAAAGGACGCCAUCCGGUUGAAGCUCAAAUAUCGAGUAUCGUACUUCACACGCGUUAGCCACGAAGACCAACGCUGGCAUGCCAUCGCGCAGCCACGAACACUAUGAAAUGCAUAAAAGCGCCGUCAUUCCUUUUGCAAAGUUAUCAUACAAAAACGCCAUCCGCUCCCCGCCCCUUCACUAUACUAUAGCUUGCUCCCACCGCCCAGCAACUCCGCUCCCGCCCCGGAAAUGCACAGCUUCCCCGUCUCCUUGACCUUCGUC